AUGACCGUUCCUGUUGUGGUGCGCGGACGUGUUCUCUGUGUGUUUUCCCUUGCGCUGCUCUGUGUGUCCGUCUCCGCCACGGCAGCCGAACAAGCAGUGGCAGUGGAGGCUGCAGAGGCUAACGUUGUAACUGCUAGGAAAGCAAAAGAAGCGGCGAUUACUGUAGCUAAGGAUGCAAAGUUGGCUGUGGAGAAGGCAAACACAACGAAGGUGAUGGCCGGAGUAGCAGUGCUGUAUACCAAUAGGUUCAUGAAGUUAUUCGAGGAAGCAAAGACUAUAUUUCAGAAGGCCUCGACGUUUGCUGAGACGGCAAAGAAGAUUGGAGAGAAUAAAGAGAACGAAGUUCGGGCUCAAAAUGAGCGUGUUACAGCAAGAUGUGAAAAAUUUAGGAUCCAAGUGGAAGAAGCUGCGAAGAAGGCUGACGCAGCCGUGAUGAAGGCUGCGCUGGCAGGGAAGUAUGUGUACACCGCAUCUCUGGUCGCACGGUGGGCCGCGGGGAAUGGCACGGAGGCUGAGCGCCUUCUCAAGGACGGUGCAGUGAACAGUGCCAAGGAUGCAGUGGAGGAGGCCAAUAAAGCAGCUAUACAUGGGCUCUUGGCGGCGGGGAAUGCUCAGGGUGCGGUGCGGUGGAUUAAGGUCACAGCUCAAGCAGCCAGGUGGGCUGAGGCACGGGCAGAGGCACGGGCAGAUCGGAAUGGGAAUACAAUUGGCGAAAAAUUGCUCAAGGCCGCUACGGACGCAGUGAUGUAUGCCCAAAGGGCGAUGACAAAUAUCACGGAAGCAAAAAAGCAGGCCGAUGUUAUGCUUCAGGCCGCCAAAAAGGCAGCAGAUGCCGCCACGAAGUUUGACCAGGAGGCUAAAGCGGCGAGGACAGCUGCUGAAGAUGAGAUCACGGCUGCAGAGAAACGGCUUAACGAAGCUGAAGAGAUGCUGAAGGAUGCUCAGCAACAAGAAAAAGAAGCCAUUGAGGACCAGAAACGAAAACAGGAAGCAGAGGUGCUGCGACAGAUGGAGGAGUUGAAGAAAACCACUGAGGAUACAGAAAGGUUGAAAAAGCUAACAUUGGAUGAUCAUGCGAACUCAGCUGGCGUCGUUAAUACGUCAGUUAACGGAGAAGAGAAUUCCUCUGAGAGGUCAGCGCCAGUGGUGGGGACUCUUGAUGAUCCAGUGGUAGAUGUUAAGGAGAACGGCAUGGAUGCUCCAAUAACUCUACCUCAUGACCCUGCUGCUGAACCACCUACCCAAGAGAUACAACGAGAUUCACACGUCAACAAUCCUGCGGGGAGUCAACAAAACGAUAUUCUUCCUAUGGAUCAUCAUAUUGAGGAGGAGCCCUCCAAAACUGCUGCUCACGAUGAGUCACCCUCUCACCCAGUUGCCUUGGAAGCCCCCAGUGCAGUUGAUGAAGCCCCACAUUCUGCUAAGCCAGAGCAGAAUGAAAUCCCUGCGACGACAGUAGACAGCAACACUGGAAGUGAGACGGAUACCACAAACACCUUCACGGUCAGCGCGCACGAUCACAACGCCACAGAGAGCAGCGAGGAAACUAGCGUUUCUGAUACAAAUACCCCUGACAUCAAUCGACCUGCAGUUGAUAUCACGGCCCCCGACACAAACCAGUCUCCAUCAGUACCAUCGGAGGAGAAGACAGCCGUAGAAUCCCUGGAGAACGCUGCUUCUCAAGCUGCUGAUGCGCCACUGACACCCCCCAACAGCGAUGUACACAACACCCUGCAGGAUAUCCGCAGUAUGGACAGCAGCGUCAGUCCUUCGUGGGUGCGUACACCGUUGCUGCUGGUGGUUGGUGUGCUGGGCCUCCUGGCUGUCUGCUGA